GUCCGACGCGGCGUGACGAUGCCCGGCACGGUGUGGUGCGGAGCGGGCGACUCGGCCAGCGACUUCUCCGACCUGGGAGCUUUCCAGGGCCCGGACAGCUGCUGCCGAGAGCACGACCAGUGCAGUGUUCAGAUCACUGCCCUGCAGCGCAAGCAUGGGAUCUUUAAUUUACGCCCGUACACCAUCUCCCACUGCGACUGCGACACCCGGUUCAGGACUUGUCUGAUGGAUCUCAAUGACACCAUCGCGGACUUCAUUGGCACGACCUACUUCUCAGUUCUGCAAAUCCCGUGCUUCUACCUGGAGGAGAGCGACGAGGCCUGCCUCGAGUGGGCAUGGUGGGGCGGGUGUAAUAAGCGGGGCCGAAUGCUUAUGGCUCACACGGUGCCACCGAGCGCAUACGGAUCCGUGCCAUCGGUUACCACCCUGCCCCAACCAGGAACGGAGACCACCAAGGACAGGAAGCACAGGAAGCGGAAGCUGCAGGGGCCAGAACACCCGGGUGUCCCUUGGCAGAGAGGCAGGCCUGGGAGCCGAAGGAAAUUGCUGUUGUGA